CAGAGAAAAUAUUUAAGAUAAAAAUAUAUAAAAAAUGGAUUAUGAUUACUUGAUCAAAUUUUUGGCUCUUGGGAAUUCUGGAGUUGGGAAAACCAGUUUUCUGUAUCAGUAUACCGAUGGUACUUUCAAUUCACGCUUUGUUUCCACAGUUGGGAUUGAUUUUAAAGAAAAGAGAGUUAUAUAUCAGAUGCCUGAUGGAAGUAGCCAAAGAGUACAUUUACAGCUUUGGGAUACAGCUGGCCAAGAGAGGUUUCGAAGUUUAACCACGGCCUUUUACCGGGAUUCUAUGGGUUUCUUAUUAAUUUUUGAUCUGACCAAUGAGCCCUCCUUUCUUGAAGUUAGAAAUUGGCUGGAACAGCUUAGGAUGCAUGCAUAUUGUGAAAAUCCAGAUAUAAUUCUCUGUGGUAACAAAUCUGAUCUGGAGGAUAAGCGAGUUAUUAGCGAGUAUAAAGCACGUGAUCUAGCAGAGAAACAUGGAUUGGUAUAUUUGGAAACUAGUGCUGCUACUGGACAAAAUGUUGAACGUGCAGUAGAAAUUCUGUUAGAACGUGUUAUGCGCAGAAUGGAAAUUACAGUAGAUAAAUCAUUGCUACCACAUCAAAAGAUUUUAAAGUGUCAUGAGCGUGAGACACCACCUCCUAAUAGUUCUUGUUAUUGCUGACAGUGUGAUUUUGCAUAGACAGUCAGAUUAGUUUGACUGCUAUUGCAAUCGGAGGUCUCAGGGGGAAAAAAUAUUUCCUUUAUUCUCAUAAGAUAACAGAUCGACAUUUAACUUAAUUACAAGUCAUUCAAUUCUGGGUAAAAAAGGUUGUGACAAAGGAAUUUAAUCAGAAUUUUUUCUGAAAUUUA